GUCUUCCCACGUCCUCCCCGCGUCUGCCCACCUCUUCCCCCGUUUCGAAGCAGUUCCAGCUCCGCCGCCCUCCCCGACGCUCCCCCAGGCAGUUCCAGCUCACGCGCUCGCCGCCGUCCACGCGCUCGCCGCCGGCAUCGCCCUCUCCGCAACGCUCCCCCCCUCCCCCGCCCCCCGCGCGCGCUCGGGCUGUCGCCGCUCUCCCCCGCCUCGCCGACGCCGCUCUCGCCUCCCCCCUCACGCCGUUUCCUCCCCACCCACCAAACCAUACACUCCGCCCAUGACUCCUCGACAGCAUCGCGGCCGCGGAGGACGUCGCCGGCGCCGGCUCCUCGCUCCAAGUCCGCAUGAGGUCGCUGGCCUGCCUCCGUGCCCGACGAGUACCUGCCAACCCUAGGCCCUAGGCCCUAGGCCCUAACGCCCUCCCAACCCUAGGUCCCUUCUUCCCUUCCUCCUUCCCCUUCACACCUCCGAUUUCGCGCGCCCUCGUCCCGCGCCCAACCUUCCGGAAGUUUCUGGAACCUAGGGUUUCGAGCCCCAAUCCCGGGAAAGAUGCUUUCUUGCACCUAGUAGCCUCGCGUGCUCGGGGGCGGAGGCAUGGACGGCGGCGCCGGCGGGGAUGGUGGCUCGAGCGGCGGGAGGUUCCCCAUUCUGCAGGCGAACCGGGACCCCGAAUCGAACUGGGAGGUGGAUGUCGCUAAGAGACUCGAGGAGUACCUGUUCAAGAUCUGCUCCGGCGAGGUCACGGGCGAGGACGGGGCCCACUCUGUCAACUUCGCCGAAGCGGCGCUGUUACUCCAGGGAUCAGUUCAAGUGUACAGUAGGAAGGUGGAGUACAUGUACUCAUUGGUGCUUCAUGCGUUGGAAUUCCUCUCACAAAAGAAGCAGGAUCAGCAUGAAAAUGGCUCAGCCCAUGGUAACGAAAAUGAUGCCAGCACGAUAUCCAAUGAAGAAGAUGAUGUAUUUAUGGGGUUAGAUGAUGUCCCAGUGGAAGCAAGGAUCUCUCUGGAUAACAAUGUCGAUCGAGAUGAUUUACAAAGAAAAAAUGUGAGGCCACCAGCAAAUCUGCUGGUGUUUGAAGGAGAUUGUUUGGAUAGCGAAGCGAGUGAGCUAGACUCGUAUUUGUUGGCAACAUGUGAUUUUUACGGAGAUUUCCUUCUGCUGGAUCCAUGUGAUGCGCCAGCUGUUUUUGAAUUUCUGCAAGGAAAAUGUUCUGGUAAAGAAAAUAAUUUGGCUCAUCAAGGCAGCUCAGUGCCUUCUAAAAACCGACCCAGUGUGUUCACUUCCCCAAAUGGAAGAUCAGGGGGCACAGGUCGUAAAUUGGCCCCUGGAAAUGUCCAAGAAGAUCUAGAUCCAACUCAGGAGAAUCCUGGCCAAUCAAAUGCAAAUAAAACUGAAGAUAAUACCAAUGCAGGUGGCAACGGAUGGUCUUAUCGUGUUGACCAUGACUUUCCAGGUGAUUACAUACCACCUGACCCAGAUGAUUUAGAGGAUUCUGUUGAUCCUGUUGGGGAGGAUUCUGAUGAUGAGGAUCCAUGGAAGCCUUUGAAUCCCUAUGAACCUGGCAACCUGAAGAUUAAACCUUACAGGAGAGUUAAAGGUUCUGCACGGCAGGUUAUCGGCACUGCAAAAAAGAAAACUCUGACAUCUUUAUUUCCUAUGGCAAAGAUGGAUGGUGUCAUUAUACCUGAACAUGCAAUGUCUUUUGAAGCACAACAAUCUCAGCAGGAGGAAAUUCAUGCUUCCCAAUCACCCCCUCCAUAUGAAAUGCUUAUGAGGUCAUUUGAAUAUGGAGAGCAAGGAAAUCCCGAUGUGUUUGGAGAUUCAAACUAUGAUAUUGGACCCGAUAUUGGUGUUGGUUUUGAUGGUCCUGAUGAUUCAGAUAGUCCAAUAUGCGGCGACAUUGGUGUUGCUAUUGAGAGUCCAACAUGUCCUUCUGAGAGAAAGGAAGAACCUCCUAACGGGACUCAAGUUUCACAGGAGAAUAUGGAUACACAUGAAAGCCUAGACGAUUUGUGUCGGUCUCAUCUGGUAAAUCUUGAGAGUACUGCUAAUGGUUCUGUGUUCCACACAUCUAUGCCUCUCGAUCUCUUUCAAAUUCUUUUGGACAUAUGUUUGCGCAUCUUGGUGCCAUUCAAGUCAAUAUUUCAGGAGUCCAAAUGCACUAGGAAUGCUCUCCUUGCCAGUAUAGCUGAGGUUGAACAGCAGAGUGAGAUGGAUGCUCGAGUUUCGACGUGGAAAGAAAGAAUUGAGCAUGCCUUGGAAGAGCAGGAUAAAAAUCCACCUUUUGAUAUCGGUUCAUAUGGAGAGCAAAUCCUUGACACUUUUUCAUCAAGUACAGACAAUAUGGGGAUUGCAUCUUUUAGUGAGAUUGUUAGUGGCAGACCAAAGUAUGAGGUUGCACGAACAUUCUCUGCCCUGCUCCAGCUGGUGAACGGCAGAAGUGUUGAUCUGGACAAAGGACAAGCCACGAAUGAGCUGGUGUGUCACACAGCUGAGAAUCCAUUCCAUGUAAAACUCAUCGGUCCCAACCGGAGGCCAGAAAUGGAAGCACGCUUUGCACGGAAGAGAGGGAAGUCCCCACUGCAAAAUCCUGGCCAAGGUGGUGAGUCCUCCCUGGCGCAACGGGAGCCCCCGAAGAAACCAGCGCAUAAAAAUGGCAAGAUUCCAGUCAAGACAGCUAUCAGGCUGACCCCUGAUGGCAAGCGAAGGCGAAGGUCAGCUGCUCACCUAAUGCAGCCGAUCAAUCUGGAAUCCAGCGGAUGAACGGAUUGAUUUGUGGGCAUCCAGAGUGUGAUUCUUCUAAUUGUUGUAACCUCAGUGGCAGCUUCAUUAGCAGGGUAGGCUGUAAACCUGUAAGUUAUGACUUAGGCCUAGCUAGCGGGUGUACAUGUACAAUAGUUUGUUGUGCUGUUAUGUAGGUAUGGUAUCAGCCCCAAGUGUAAUGUUAACAGGGCAAGAUUUGUUGACGGACUUGCCCUUUUAUAUAUACCGGGACGACAUUGUCAAGUGAUUCAUUCUGAUUCAAUAAACUAGCAUUUUGUCGA